AUUUUUCGCUUUAUAGCUCAAACAUCUUUCCAUUUCAAUAAAUACAUCAUUAUUCUUCAAGGCUACAUAGUAAGACUGAAAUAUGAUGUUUAAAAAUAAUCCCUGUUAUUGGGAAUACAGAAAAACCGUACUCAAUCCUCAACUAUGGAAACAUUAUUGAUUUAAUCAUUGGACUUACGCAAGAUGGGUAAGCUGACCCAGGGGACGGGAGUUCUUUUCCCUACAAACAUUCCACUUCCUGGCUACUCAGCCUUUCUUGUCACAAAGCCUGUGCAAGGAAGCUAUUGGCCCUGCUCCUGGGCCCAGGAAUGCUGCCGCUGCCUUGAAUAGCUGUGUGAACAGUCCUUCUAUGGGCAACAGGCGGCCCGCCUGGGUACCUGAAUGUUUUCUGAUUUGGGCCUGUGCUGCCCAUGCUCACCCUGAAAUUCAGACCAGAUGCAUUCUUAUGGCAAAAUGACGUGAAACUCUUAAGUAGAAGAGAAAGCCUGCGGUUCUCAUUUCAGAGGUGGAAUAAAAACAAAAUGUCUUCUGGAAACGCUACGCGGCCCUAGACCUCGCUGGAACCAGGGAAUGAUAGCCAGCUCCCAUGCGCGUGGCCUGCUCUGGGACCCACGUGGGCGGGCGCCUUCCUCAGGAAUGCGUUCUCAAAGGCCCACCGGUGUAGGGGGGCUGGAAAACAGCACAAACCCAAGUGUUCUCUGCAAAGCAGCAGUCCUGGUGGUGAAAUAGGGGUCUUUUCUAAAACUGAGCAAAGCCUACCUUCCACUGAGGAAAAAAUGGCCUCCAAGGGAGGGCUCUUUUUCCCCUACAAGUGACAUUCAAAGUGGUGCUGUCUCUAUCGGAACUAAAAUAAGGGCGAUUCCUUCUUUCACCAUUCCCCACGCAGUACAAGUGACGGCGGGACUGUGCUUAGUGGCGUCAUCUAGUUUCAAGGCGGUCUCCUAUCUGACUUUGAGCCCUCGCUCUUUAUACCCAGUUACCCUCUCGUGGAGUCCGAGCAGCUGCUUCAGGGAGGCCCGGGAGCCCCUAGGGCGGGCAGCCCCGGAGCCCGCAGCUGCGACACAGACUCGGAAACUACAACUGCGCGUGAAGCCGACUAAAGUUAACGCCUGUGUGGUUGAGUCAGAAGCUCUUUCAGGAACACAGGAGUGGGGCCGACUCCUGGAAUCCGGCCCCGGGUCGCUUAUAAAUGCGCCGAGAAAAAAACGUCACCGAAAAACUUUAUACGCGUUCCUGCUUUGGUCCAGAAUGGUAAAAAGCCUGUCCUUUGAGUGUGUCCCGUGAUGGGGUUAACUAGCAACCCUUGAAACUAGUGGAACUCAAAAGCAAAACAAAAAGCCAUUGUACCCAGCCGCCCCGGGACCUGGGCCGGCGCCCUUGGGAAGUCUGGCGUGAAAGGAGGGGUGGCUUUGGUUUCAGGGCCGAGCUCGCCUCUCCCGGGUUGGGUUCAGCAGCCGGGCCGGGUGGGUCGUGGGCAACCCCGGGAGGCCCCCGGUCCCGGCGCGCGGCGAGGCCGCCCUCGGAGCUGGCACUUGUCACUCGCUGUCCCCGGCCCGGGCGUCAGCGGGGAGACGCAGAAGGGCGGAGGGAGGGAGCCGGCCGCGGACAGCGGUGACUCAGCCUGCGGAGCCGGGGGCGGGCGCCGCGCGGGGGACAGGCGAGCCCGCACUCGCGGGGGGCGGUGGCGCCGGGCAUAGAGGGGUUAAGGGGGCGGUGCAGACGUCUCCCCGCCCAUCCCGCCCCUCGAGAGCCGCGGCGCCCCGCCCUAUUUAUAGCAGCGGUGCCUAGAGCGCCGCGUCUCUCCGCAGGCCCCGGCCGCGGCGUCCUCGACAACCUAGUGAAGGCGCCAUGGAGCGACCGGCGCCCCUGGCCGUGCUUCCCUUCUCGGACCCCGCGCACGCCCUGAGCCUGCUGCGCGGCCUGAGCCAGCUCCGCGCGGAGCGCAAGUUCCUGGACGUGACCCUGGAGGCGGCGGGCGGGCGCGACUUCCCGGCGCACCGUGCAGUGCUGGCCGCCGCCAGCCCCUACUUCCGCGCCAUGUUCGCGGGGCAGCUGCGCGAGAGCCGCGCCGAGCGGGUGCGCCUGCACGGAGUGCCUCCCGACAUGCUGCAGCUGCUGCUGGACUUCAGCUACACGGGCCGCGUGGCGGUAAGCGGCGACAAUGCUGAGCCGCUGCUGCGCGCCGCCGACCUGCUGCAGUUCCCGGCCGUGAAGGAGGCGUGCGGGGCCUUCCUGCAGCAGCAGCUCGACCUGGCCAACUGCCUGGACAUGCAGGACUUCGCUGAGGCCUUCAGCUGCUCGGGACUGGCGAGCGCGGCGCAGCGGUUCAUUCUGCGCCACGUGGGCGAGCUGGGCGCCGAGCAGCUGGAGCGGCUGCCACUGGCGCGCCUGCUGCGCUACCUGCGGGACGACGGGCUGUGUGUGCCCAAGGAGGAGGCCGCCUACCAGCUGGCGCUGCGCUGGGUCCGCGCUGACCCGCCGCGCCGCGCCGCGCACUGGCCGCAGCUGCUGGAGGCCGUGCGCCUGCCCUUCGUGCGCCGCUUCUACCUGUUGGCGCACGUCGAGGCCGAGCCGCUGGUGGCGCGCUGCCCACCCUGCCUGCGCCUGCUGCGCGAGGCGCGCGACUUCCAGGCGGCGCGCUACGACCGCCACGACCGCGGGCCCUGCCCCCGAAUGCGUCCUCGCCCGUCCACCGGUCUCGCCGAGAUCCUCGUGCUCGUGGGCGGCUGCGACCAGGACUGUGACGAGCUGGUCACUGUCGACUGCUACAACCCGCAGACGGGUCAGUGGCGCUACCUGGCCGAGUUCCCAGACCACCUGGGCGGAGGCUACAGCAUCGUGGCGCUGGGCAAUGACAUCUACGUGACGGGUGGGUCCGAUGGCUCCCGGCUCUAUGACUGCGUGUGGAGGUACAACUCAAGCGUGAACGAGUGGGCGGAGGUGGCGCCCAUGCUGAAGGCCCGCGAGUACCACAGCUCCUCUGUGCUGGACGGACUGCUGUACGUGGUGGCCGCCGACAGCACCGAGCGCUAUGACCACACCACCGACUCCUGGGAGGCCCUGCAGCCCAUGACCUACCCCAUGGACAACUGCUCCACCACUGCGUGCCGUGGCCGGCUCUAUGCCAUCGGCUCCCUGGCCGGCAAGGAGACCAUGGUAAUGCAGUGCUACGACCCGGACACCGACCUGUGGUCGCUGGUGGACUGCGGCCAGCUCCCGCCCUGGUCCUUCGCCCCCAAGACUGCGACUCUAAACGGACUCAUGUACUUUGUCAGGGAUGACUCCGCCGAGGUGGACGUGUACAACCCGACGAGGAACGAAUGGGACAAGAUCCCGUCCAUGAAUCAGUAAGCUGCACAUAGUCGUAGCAAAUUUGGGAAAGAUGGAAGGAAUCAUCCAGCCUCGCGGUUCAGAGCCCAGCUCUGCCACUGUCAGCCAUGCAAGCCUCAGUUUUCCCAUCUGUAACAUGGGGAGAACAGCACUGCUCAGCCCAGAGGGCCACUGCAGAGAUUCUGAGAGAGAACGUAGGAAGCGCUGCUCGGCACGACCUGCACACGGGAGGCCUGGUGCUGCAGCGGGCACCCUCAUCACCAUAGGGAAGGCCCAGCUGCCUCCGGGGAGGCCCGUUCUCCUAGGCAGGGUGUUGGAAAGGGGUUGGCCUCUCUGCUGCUUUCUGGGAGAGCCAAGGCCACCCCUCUGGGGUACUGACAGGGCAUGCCUUGUCUCCAGUGGUUCCCCAGGUGGGGCCCUGCCCUACCCUCUCCUCUGACCUCCACUCACUCAUCCCUUUGGCCCACAGGUACAUGUGGGGGGCAGCCUGGCCGUCCUUGGGGGAAAGCUGUACGUCUCUGGGGGAUACGACAAUACAUUUGAACUCUCAGACGUGGUAGAGGCCUAUGACCCAGAGACUCGGGCAUGGAGCGUGGUGGGGCGGCUCCCAGAACCCACCUUCUGGCAUGGCAGUGUCAGCAUCUUCCGCCAGUUCAUGCCCCAGACCUUCUCGGGUGGGCGUGGCUUCGAGUUGGACAGUGGCAGCAAUGACAUGGACCCAGGCCGACCCCGGCCGCCGCGGGACCCUGAUGAGCUGCACUAGCCCCAGUCUGGCCCGGCACGGGCCUCGGUGCAGGUAACUGGCACCUCUGCGGGGCAGUGCCCCCACUCCUUUGUGCACAAGGACAGGUUGGGCUCACAGGAGGAGCACAGGCUCUUGGGUGGCGAAGCCAGCCCAGGAUCCAUUACCUGGAAGGUUUCUAUACCUUGAGAGCCUGAAUCAGAGGCCGUCGGGAACGCCCUCCCUGCAGUUGAGGAAGAGCCACUUUCCUGCCAGCACAUGUUUCUGGGUCUUGGAGGUCACCCCCACCCCGCGGAUCACAGCUCACCCACGCGGCGCACACCCCUCCUGCCGUUGUCAUCUGCACCUACUUGUUCCCACCUUGGGAGAGGACGACUUGGGAGGGAUGCGUGAAGGGAGAAGGGUCCUCCCAUGAGGCUGAGGAUGGCCUGAACCUGGAGCAGCGGACCAGGCAGACAGGCUGAAGUGGGGUCCCAAAUUCCAUGUCCAGAGGUGUGGGGAGCCUGCCUCCCUAGCUCCUGGCCCCUGCCAGGGGCUUACAUCAAAACACCUCAGAGGGCUGCCCUCCAGAGGCUGCACCCAGAACAGUGGGACAUGAGCAGGGGUGUGGGCUUGGAGGGUGAAGAGGAUGUGGUCCUAUCAGAUGCUGGGCCUCCUCAGCCAUAGCCCCCUGCUCCCACCCCCUGACUGGCUCUUGUGUCCUCACCUCUCACCCUCUCCUUCCCAGGAGGCCCUGGGAGGUGAUCAUUGACACCCAGCCAAGCAGACAGCUGCGGGUGCCCAAGCCCUUGCUGGGCCUGCGCGUGAGGAGUCCCACUGCUUCUAAAGGAAGUCCUGGGCAGGAGGUGGCUUUGGUGGUUGGUUCCAAAGUUGAAAAUGCUUGCAGUUUGACCUUAGAAGAAGUGGGAAGAAGAAGGAGCUCUACAGGGUCAGCUUUGUUUGAUUUUUCCAGUCUAAGAAGUCCCAUUGCCAAAGCUUUCUGCAGGAGCUCCCGGGUGAAUGCCGCAGCUUGGCAGCCCCUGGUUUUCUCUUGGAAAUGGUCAGUUUCCCCUCAAAGUACCCAAAGUAGCCUUGGCUUGAGUUUUUGUCUUUGCCUCCUUUUUAGAGAAGAGGGCAUUUAGACUGCAUUUUCCUCGUUAAAGAAGGUUAAAGCAAAUGUUUAUUGCCUUUUCUAGUGAACUAACUCAUAGAGAUGUUCUCAGCAGGAAGACAGUCUUAGCACUGUCACUUAGCAGAUUGCACUUAAGUCCCUUGUGCUGGCCAGAUGGCAUGGCUGGUUGCCUUAAUAUGUCCCAGGACCCCUGACAGGGCUGCCUGGCCUCUCCCUCAUGCUCCUCAAGAGCCCAGUCCAUACACUGUGGAUGUCAUUGCUGUCGGGUUAGGAAGUCUUGUCCUAGAACGCCCUGGCUGGUAUGACCACAGUUCAUGGCGGCUCUUCUCGCUUGGGUCAUGGUCAUCUUCCAGCACCUGCUGUGCUGGGAAGGCCGAGGAUGGGGGCCCAGCACUGUCCAGGCCUGCUGGGGCCUGGCUGGGAGUCCUGUGGGCAGCAUGGAACGUGCAGCUGGGCUUCCUGUGACCAGGCACCCUCUGGCACUGUUGCUUGCCCUGUGCCCUGGACCUUUUCCUGCCCUUCUCCUUCCUCUGCUCCCUUGGGGCUACCCCUUGGCCCCUCCUGGUCUGUGCAAACUCCCUCAGGGAGCUCCCCUGCCCUGUAGCUCUCGCUUAACUUCCUAGGGGCUGCUGAGCCCACCCAGAGGUUGUUGGAGUUCAGUAGGGCAGCUUGUCUCCCUUGUCAGCAGGGGUGUAAGGGCCGGGUUUGGCCAUACAAGGUUGGCUACGCCCUCAAUCCCUGACCGUUCCAGGCACUGAGCUGGGCACCCAAGGAAGGACAUGCUGUCCAGACUGUGUGAUGACUGCCAGCACAGGGCAUCUCGGGCUUGGCUGGUCUGCAAGGCCUUGCCCCUGUGGAACUCUGGGUUCCUGUUUUCUCAGUCUUUUUGCGGCUUUGCUGUGGUUGGCAGCUGCCGUACUCCAGGCUUGUGGCGGCCACUCAGAUGAGGGCUGUGGUGCGAGCCAGUGCAGGAGAGCUGCGCUUGGGAUUGUGCCCUCUCCUGUGUCUGUCCUCCGGACCUACCCAGGUCUCCACCAUCAGGACCCUGUCUUUGGGUUUAGAAGACCAAGUACGGGGAAGACCAGGCACCAGCCUCUGCAGCAAUGGGUUCCUCUAGCCUGUGGACACCAGCUGGGGGAUCCAGGGUCAGGCCCCCUCCUCUCCCCAGUUCCCCUCUGCUGUGGGUUCUGGGCUGUCAUGUCCCCACCACUUAAGGAUGUCUUUACACUGACUUCAGGACAGAUGCUGGGAUGCCUGGGCAUGGCCACAUGUUACAUGUACAGAACUUUGUCUACAGCACAAAUUAAGUUAUAUAAACACAGUGACUGGUAUUUAAUGCUGACCUACUAUAAGGUAUUCUAUAUUUAUAUGACUUCAGAGACGUGUAUGUAAUAAAGGACGCCCUCCCUCCAGUGUCCACAUCCAGUUCACCCCAGAGGGUCGGGCAGGUUGACAUAUUUAUUUUUGUCUAUUCUGUAGGCUUCCAUGUCCAGAAUCCUGCUUAAGGUUUUAGGGUACCUUCAGUACUUUUUGCAAUAAAAGUAUUUCCUAUCCA